UUAUUUAAGAUUUGACCUUCACGGAUUCAGUCCUCUCCGCCUCGCGCCCUCUCUCGUUUUCCUCCGCUCUCGCUCCGCUUCCGCCGUCGGAACUCAGAGAGAGGGGUGGGUAGGGCGACUGAGAGAUGGGCCACGCGCUGAGCUGCGCUGGAUCGACCCGCGACCGUGACUUCUUCGCUUCAGUCCGAGCAGGCCGCUUGGAGUCAGUGCGCACCGCCGUCCGACAAGAUCCCUCCUUGCUCCUCCGCGAGAUCUUCUUCGAUCGCCUUUCCGCUCUCCACAUCGCCGCCGCUAGUGGUCAUGUGCAGAUCUUGUCGAUGAUCCUGGAGAAGUCUUCCAAUCCUGAUAUAGUUAAUCGGCACAAACAGACUCCACUGAUGCUGGCUGCGAUUCAUGGGAAGAUAGCUUGCGUGCAAAAGCUGCUUGAGGCUGGCGCAAAUAUUCUGAUGUUCGAUUCGUUAAAGGGAAGAACUUGCCUACAUCAUGCUGCCUACUAUGGCCAUUCAAAUUGUCUGGAAGCCAUUCUCUCGGCAGCCCAAUCCACUGCCGUUGCAGAUUCUUGGGGAUUUGCCCGAUUUGUAAAUGUUGGGGAUGAAAGUGGGGCGACACCUCUACAUCUUGCAGCAUGGCGAAGACGGACUGACUGUGUCCAUGUACUCUUAGACAACGGGGCUCUUGUUUGCGCUUCCACUGGGGGAUAUGGUCAUCCUGGGAGAACACCUCUACAUUUGGCUGCUCGUGGAGGAAGUUUGGAUUGUGUUCGUGAGUUGCUUGCAUGGGGCGCUGAUCGGCUCCAGAGGGAUUCAUCUGGGCUAAUACCAUAUUCUGUAGCUAUAAAGCACAACCAUGGAGCUUGUGCAGCUUUGUUAAAUCCAUCUGCAGCAGAACCUCUGGUUUGGCCUUCUCCAUUGAAGUGCAUCAACGAACUUGAUCCGGAUGCAAAGGCUCUUCUAGAAAUAGCUCUAAUGGAGGCUAACAAGGAAAGGGAGAAGAUGAUAUUGAAUGCAACAGAAGAAUUGUUAUCAUCUCCUGCAAAUGUGGAAGAAGCAUUUGAUGAUGAUGCUUCUGAGGCAAGUGAUACGGAUCUGUGUUUCAUCUGCUUCAGCCAAGUCUGCACCAUUGAAGUUCAAGACUGUGGGCAUCAGAUGUGUGCUCGUUGCACGUUAGCUCUUUGCUGUCACAACAAACCCAACCCCACAACCUUGUGCACGCCCUCUCCAACAUGCCCUUUCUGCCGCAGCAACAUUGCUCGACUAGUGGUCGCGAAAACAAAGGCCAUAGACAAGGAGGAGAAGGGCACUGACUAUAAGCUGAGGAGAUCCAAGAGGCCGGGGAAUUUUAGUGGGGGAAGUAGUAGCUUCAAGGGCGUGGCCUUGUCUAUGGGAUCAUUUGGUAGGAUGGGUCGCUCGGGGCGCAUAAUGAGCAGUGAAGAUAUGGAGGAUAAACCAAUGUAAGUGUGUUUCAACAGUUUCCUAGCUACCAGUUUUGGCACUCCAAUAAAAUCUUGCAGAUGGAGUCCAUUCCUUGUGUAGAUUCUCACUCUGAAGCCAUUAAAUAAGCAGAGCAGAAUGAUGUUGCCCAGUCUAUCAAGAUCGAAGAUUAUGUUCUUUAAGAAAGAUAAAGUUUGUAUGUUCACAUAUCUAAAUAGCUUCAGAACCAUUUAUCAGAAUAUAUAUAUAGAGAGAGAGAGCCAUUUCGCAAGCUCUCCUACAGCAUGAAAGCUUUACAAUGUGAAUGAGCAUUUCAUUUUCCAAUUUCAAGCUUAGUAUUCACCCAA